CCUGUCUGUGCGCAUUGUUCCGUUAACCCUUAAUGUGAGCUGGAGGAUGCUUGGGAGACUUUGGUAUACAGCCCCAGCUCUCAGGAGUAGAUGGUGGCAAACCAGCAGAGUUAUAAGGAGAGGCCCAACACAAGAAUUGUAGCAUACCUGCGUGUCAUCUCAACACCGGUAUCCAUCCAGCACGAGACUGAAACUAAACGGUACCCUAUUGAAGGAAUGGCGGAAGUGAAACCUCGCAAAUGGAUACAGCAGAGGAUUGAUUCUCCGGACCCCGAAAAAGAUCACGAGAUCUGGCGCUUAUCGGCAGGGUACGGCGUGUCACAGUUUUUGUUGGAUCUGGUAUUUGUAGUGACAUUUGGUGGUGGCAUGGGCCCCAUCAUCCUCUCACGAAGAAAUCGGUCGACCAUGUCAACUGUAUACAUGCCUUCAGCAAGCAAUUCCCCGGAGACUUCGGCCAUAACGAGGAUUAUCUGUACACAAUGACCUUGGCCACGCAUCAGUUGAACGGUCGACUUGGUCUUCCCGG